CCCCCCUAACAUACCCCAAGAGACAGCACAGAGAACAGCCGCCAUGCACUGCUUUCGCCAUGCACUCCGCAAGCAAAGGAUGGUGACUGCGAGUUUCUUGUGUUUGCUUGCAGGCGGCAUUUUGUGUCCACAACCUUCAAAUGCAGAUUGCGAUCCAGACUGCCUCCCGCACCGCCUCACCUGGGUUGGAAUUCCCAUGAAAAACGGCACCACCAGAUCGUUCUUUUGGCCCGAGGAGGACUCAGGCGAAAUCCACUUGAUGGGGAACGGCAUCAGGGACCAGCGCGAGUUCCAAGAUCGGCCUCGAAAUCGCUGGCAUGAGUGCGAGUUGCAGGUCAAUUUGACGGAUGAUAAAAUGCAGGAUGUUUCAGGCCGUCAAGGGGGCGGAGCUUAUCGAGUUCAAUGUCCAAGCCUUUCUGUCGACGAGAAAAGGAGCUGCGAAGGGAGGCACUGUUCGUCACUCGGCUUAGGGACGAACAGAGCCACUUGGUGGGCCUUCGACUGCGAGGCUGCUCCGUGCGGAUGUCCAGAAUUUGCUGGCUGCCCCCGUACCACUGAACAACGCUGCACCCCCGUUCAGCUGAGUGAGUUCGGUCUCCUUCUCGAUCGGCCUCAGAAGGUGUUUUGGUGGCCCGAGACGCUUGAGGAAGUAAGAAUUCGGUGGGGCGACAGGUUAGAGCAUUCCUUCAAGCUGGAAGUGAAGGAGGACUCGCUGUUCAAGUGGAUAAAGGUGGAGGUGGAGCUGGUGGAGGAUGAAGGAACCACCGGAGACCGAAACUGCACUCUGAAGGUUCCGCAGCUGGACGUGUCGGAGUCUUGUUUCCGCGUCCCCGCAGCUGGCUUCGAAAUGCUGUUCGACUCCCCCCACGCCCUGGUGCUGGGCCUCGGGUGCGACCUGCCCCCGGGGGGAGCUACGAGGCCGCUUGCAGCAAAGGCGGCGGGAACGUUGUGGGCGUGGAUUUCCUUCCUCGUCAUCGCCAUCAUCAUCUGCAUCGGUGUAAUAGUCUUCUUCGUCGUCAGGAAGAGGAAUCAAAACCGUUAAGCUCGUAUUCUUCCUUAUUUAUCAUCGGCUACUAUUUGUAUUAGUAUUUUAAUUACCUUUAUCAUUUUUAUUAUUAUCAUUAUCGUUGUCAUUAUUAUCCCUUUUUGGUUAUUAUCUUUAUUAUCAUUAUCAUCCUUGUUAUUAUUAUUAUUACUAUUAUUAUCAACAUUAUCAUUAUUAUUAUUACAUUGUUAUUGUUAUUAUCGUUAUUAUUAUUGUUUUCAUCAUCAUCAUUAUCAUUAUUAUUGUAAUAAUUAUUGUUAUUAUUAUCAUUAUUAUUGUUCUUAUUAUCAUUUUUAUUAAUAUUAUAAUUAUUAUUAUUGUUCUUAUUAUCAUUUUUAUUAAUAUUAUUAUUAUUAUUAUUGUUCUUAUUAUCAUUUUUAUUAAUAUUAUUAUUAUUAUUCAUUAUUAAUAUAUGACUAUGUAUUAUGUAUUAUGAUUAUUUUGUUUACAAUCAUCAUUGUUAUUAUCACCAUUAUUACUAUCCUUGAUAACGUAAUUAAUGUCAUUAUUCUUACUGUUUAUCAUCAUCAGUGUCACUUGUCUGUCUUUUUAUUAUUAUAUUUUUUCAGUUUUAUUUUUUUAAUUAUUUUUUUCAUCCAUAAUACAUCUUUAUCAA